ACCGUCCAGCAGUGGGUCACCAUCGACAACAUCAACAUCGUCUAGCAGUGUGUCUUUAUCUACAACAUCGACAUCAUCUAGCAGUGUGUCUUCAUCUACAACACCGACAUCAUCUAGCAGUGUGUCACCUACUACAGCAUCUAGUAUAGUUGCAGGCUCAUCAUCUGCAGCUCCUACUCAAGCAGUUCCUAUUGAAGAAACACAAAGAAUUGAGUUUGAAACAAGAUUUCUAAGUUUAGAGUACGAUGAAAGAAUGGAAAACGAGUCAUACUGUAGAGAGACCCUAAAAGGCCCCAUAAAACAUUUUGAAAAUAAUUAUGGAGCAGAUGUCAAAAAGGUGGAAUGCAAGCCCGGCAGCGUCAUCGCCAAGUUCCAAGUAGUCGUAAACGCGACAGGUGACCAGAAUGCCGGAACAGCAUUCAUACAAGCAGUCCGUAAGGAUAUCGAUUCUGGCAUGCUGGGAAAUUUAGCUGUCGAUAAGAAACAUCCGUUAGGGGCAAAACUUACAACUACAACUGUUGUCAAAGACUUAACUCCAUCUCCAACAACCAGCAAUGUCAAAAUCGAUGAUAUAAGCUUAGCCUUACUGGUCUUGCUGGGCGUGUGCAUCGGUUUAUUGGUGCUUGCCAUAGUCGUCGCUUCUGCGUGUUUCUGUUGUUACAGAAGAAGAAGAAGAAGAAGAAGAAGAAGAAAGGCAAGCUUAAACACCUAUGCUGGUGUCUCCGAUUUGGAAAAGUCAUUUUUCUAACGCAGUAUAAUCUACGUUGAAAACGUACUACUGCUUUCUGAUUAUACUUGGCAUAAGCAAUAGUUUCUCACUUAGUAUUCUGUAAAACUUGAAGCACUAGAAAAGGAAUAGAGCAAUAACGUAAUAUUGAUUAAAGAAUUGUAACACAGAAGCUUCAUGAAUUUAAAGCUUUUUAAUAUAAUACGAUUUCGCAUCGUAGGAAUUUCGCAUUUAUAGAAACUGUAACUAGCCAGCAAUUAGGUUAGUAAACAUUUCCAUUGGUCUGCUUUUUGAUGCCAACAAGAUUUCGGAAAAAUAAAAAAAAGGCAGGAUCAAAAAAGGACCCCCAAUUUUGUUUUUUAUUGCAUUGAAUUUCUCUCUAGUGCGACAUUUUUUUUAUCCUGUUGCCCUAAACAGGUCUCCUGUGGUGGUUAAGGGAGUGUGACGACACAGAAGAGUUUGUCCCAGGCCUCACCUUUUUUUACGCUUUUCUUUAUUACAGGAAUCCUUUAACAGGCAUAAGAGACAAGUUUUUACUCCGUAAUUGGGGCAGAAUCUAUGACUACACUUAUUUUAAAAUUGCUGGGCGACUUCCUACUAAGAACUAAAAAUAGACUUUGACGGUACUAGAGUAUCUCUUACCAAGGCUGAAUAUACCAUAACUUCUAGAAAUCACACGAAUAAGUAGGUUUUGUACAGCUGUAUCAUGUUGGUUUUGUACAGCUGUAUCAUGGGUCAUCAGGCCCGUACCCAGGAUUUUUCUUGGGGUGGUGCGGAAUCCUGGGGGGUGAGUUCUUUGAUAAAAAUCUAACCACACCCGAUAAAGCAAAAAAGGAUAUUUUAUGCCUUUGCAGUAUCCCAUUGAGAACCGAAAGUGGACCUUCGGCCGGGGACCUUCGAGGGUACAGGGGGUGUGUUCGCACCCCCUGCUAGGCCUUUCCAGAUUGCGCUCGGCACUAUUAUAGCGUAAUUUAGGUUUGGGAGCACUAUUUUGUUCAGAAAGCACUUAAUUUCUAGCUUUUUUAACCCAAGUUACUAGAUUUUGUUGUCUUAUAUAGACAUUUCUAGUUUCCUUAACUACAAAUAAUAUUAUCUCAACUAGGCUAAGACUGUAAAACAGAUGAUUUCGACAUUUUAAUGGGUAGCCUGUGCUUUGGGAACCACAAACAUUGGGUAGCCUGUGGGGUUCAUUACAAUAAUAGAAUGAAUUAUCUAGAAGAUCUGUUUGCCAUGUUUUCCUGUUUUACAUCUAUUGUAAUUAUUUCUCGUUAGGAUAUUGUUAUAAUUAAGGUCUGUUAUCAGGUUUGACAUUAUCGACAUGAUGUUUGUAAAUGAACAUUGUUUUUAUUAGUAUCCAAAUAACAAUGGUAAACAAACACAAAAGAGAACAAAGUCAUUUUUUAUACACUAAAGUGUGAUUUACCCGUUCAUGGACAACAAUAUAAGAUACUCUAAUGCAUGUAUUUAAUAAAAGCAAUAUUCUUUCUUUUAUUCAAAUUUUAAUUAAAACACAACUCAUCUCUAAAUUGUUUUAAAAAUAUACGCUAAUUUUCUUUUCGCCAAUGAGCACUAUUUGAGCACUAUUUUGGUUUUGGAGCACAUUUUAAACACUUUUUGGGUGAUUAUGGGAGCACUUUUCUGGCUUUUUGGGAGCACCUGGCCUGAUCAUGGGAUGAUCUUUAUCGCAACGGGCCACUAUAUUUUAUAAAUGCUCAUAUCCUUGUAGUAUUGUAGAAGCGUAUUUGAAUAAAGUAAUCGAGCAAAAGUC